AUCUCUUUCGCUCCGGCUCUGUGGCUGUGGCGUUCAUGGGCUAACAAAGAGACGAAAACUAAGAAAAAAAAAUUCGUUUCCGUUUUUCCGCUGCUGCUUGUUAUACGUGUUUUAGGCACUCGCCAAAAUGUCCAACCCGGAGCCAGGCAAUUCCAACGGUUUUCCUAAAUUACCGCCUCCGCCAACGGAUAGCACGCAGCCAUCCAGCACUGCCAACAAUGCCACCAACAACCGGCUGAAGCAAACACAGGCCCAGGUCGAUGAGGUCGUCGGAAUCAUGCGUGUGAACGUGGAAAAGGUCCUCGAGCGAGACCAGAAGCUGUCGGAGCUGGACCAACGCGCAGAUGCAUUGCAGCACGGUGCAUCGCAAUUUGAGCAGCAGGCCAGUAAGCUGAAGAGAAAGCAAUGGUGGGCAAACAUGAAGAUGAUGAUCAUCAUGGGCGUGAUUGGCGUUGUGCUUCUUAUCAUCAUCAUCCUUUCCAUCAUUUAUUAAAAUUAUCCUUCCUUAUGUUACAACAUACUGUAUUGCGCUGCUGUAUAUCUGUAUAGCGAAUCCUUCGUGCAUUUUGAACGAGCUAGUAAACAAUUAGGAUGCAUAUACGAAAAACACGCACAAGCUGUACCCAACACUUUAGCGAUUCUUCUUAGCAAUCACGAGGUAUCGAGCAGACGCAGUUUUGUUAUAUACAGCAUAAAACAUUAUACAUAACUUUUACACAUAUUACAAACGCUGAAACGUAAAAACUGCAAUUAUUUGGACAUUGAAAAGCAGGAAACUAACUAGCUCAUGCUUUCUCUUCUCAGUCUUACUGUACAGGGAAAACGGUUAAUCUUCCUUCAUAUUCAUUUAAAUGUCUAUGUUAUUGUUACGGUGGGUGUACGUUUAGUGAUAGGAUACUGUUUCCAUUUAUAAAUAUGAAAGGAUUGAUAUUGUAUUAAAACGCAAUACAAAACAUUUGUAAAAUUA